UUCCACCAGAGGAAACCAGUUCUGUUCAAGGAGAGGAGCACAUAUUUUCUCAUGAGAUUUUGAAUAAAUCUCAACUUAAUAACCAUGGCACUGAAGCUGCUGACAACUGCCAGUUGCUCUAUGAAGGCAAUUUUCCAUCCUACCAUUCUUGGCCAUUCUUGGGAAAUUUUUCUUGGCCCUGCGAUCUCAUUGAGGAACACCCGUUUUUAUCACAGAAUCCCUCCACCAGCCAAGUACGGCGGACGGCACACAGUGACCAUAAUUCCUGGAGAUGACAUUGGACCUGAACUAAUGGUGCAUGUGAAGACCGUGUUCCGCUGUGCGUGCGUGCCCGUAGACUUUGAGGAGGUGCGGGUGACCACCACAUCUAGCGAGGAGGAGAUUCACAAUGCCAUCAUGGCAGUGCGUCGAAACUCUGUGGCUUUAAAGGGCAGCAUUAAAACCGACCACACCCAGCCACCUUCUCACAAGUCUUACAGCAACAUAUUGCGUACCACCCUGGAUCUCUAUGCCAAUGUCACCCACUUUAAGAACCUGCCCAAUGUGGACACUCGCCACCAGGACAUAGACAUCUUGGUGAUUCGGGAGAACACAGAGGGUGAGUACAGCAACCUGGAGCAUGAAAGUGUGAAAGGAGUGAUCGAGAGCCUAAAGAUUGUUACGAAGGCAAAGUCUUUGCGCAUUGCUGAAUAUGCCUUCCAGCUGGCCCAGAAGAUGGGGCGCAAAAAAGUGACAGCUGUGCACAAGGCCAACAUCAUGAAGCUAGGAGAUGGCCUCUUUCUCCAGUGCUGUCAGGAGGUGGCGUCGCGCUACCCCCACAUCACCUUAGACAGCAUGGUCGUGGACAAUGCUACGAUGCAGCUGGUGUCCUGGCCUCAACAGUUUGACGUCAUGGUGAUGCCCAAUCUUUAUGGCAACAUUGUCACCAGUAUCUGCACAGGGUUGGUUGGCGGGUCGGGCCUUGUACCUGCAGCCAACUAUGGCAGCUUAUAUGCAGUGUUUGAGACCGCCUCAAGGCAGUUAAACAACGAUCCAAAGGAUAAGAACAGGGCCAAUCCUACCGCCAUGCUGCUAGCAAGUUGCAUUAUGCUGGAUUACCUCAAACUACACUCCCACGCCAAAGCGAUUCGUACUGCAGUCUUGGCAUCCUUAGGAAAUAAAAGUAUUCAAACACCAGACAUUGGAGGCCAGGGUACCACCGUGGAAAUAAUUCAGUAUAUUAUGGACCACAUCCGAAAUGCCAAUUAAAUGACCAGUGCCAUGGAAGCCAGUAUCACCCCAAGUCCUUUCUGUCCUGUUUCCUUCUCCACCCAUCCUCAAAAAUCCUACCAGCUUGGCUAACAUGGACUCCAAAACAAGUUAUCUUCUCUGGUGCAGCAGGUGCAGGUGAACCAAGACUGUUCUUUUUCCAUUAAAUUAAAAUGUCAUAAAUACUGCUGACUUAAAUUAA